UAAAGUGUUUUUCUUGAUGCAAUCUGAUUGUACGUUACAUAUAUGACGUCCAAAACAUGAUUGUUACAUAAUCUGAUCAUGCAGAACUUGUCGCAUAAUAUCAAGGCAUUCAAUUAAUACUAACUGCGAGUUAUUUUGCAGAAAUACAAGCAGUUUGUUCACUUGUUCUAGAUUUUCAAAUCAUUUAUUUAUCAUGGAAGCUGACUAGCUGAGUGCUACCUGCCUAUAUUUUCUGCAUUCUUCAUAUUACACUUUGAUGAAAUGAGGCUGGCUACAUGACGUUAGAUUAUCAUUUAAAGUGUUACUGAUGCCCCAUCCUCCAUAAUAAGUGGUUUUGCAAUGACUAACAGGUUAGCUAUCCUGUGCAUUGUGAUGCCAAAAACUCCUGUCAUAUCCAAAUAUUUGGCGUUGACCCCAGGGGGCAAACUCCCAAUCAAAGCUAUGGAGGGGCUAAGCCAGAGCAAGCUCAACAGUUGCUCUUCCAAAUGAAAUAGCUGGACAGCUUCUUCUACUGGCUCCAGAAGGAUUUUCCCAUGGUUCUGGGUCUCUCUCUGUUGCCCAUGCGUUGUCAAAAACCCGUGCCUUGUUUGGAAUAUCAUACCCAUCAAUUAUAAUGUCUUCCAUGGAUUCUCUAGGGAGUAAGACUGGAACUGGCGGAUGCAAUCAAAACAUUUCUUUGAUGACAGCUUUCAUGUAAUGUAACUGAGGCAAAUCACUGUCUAAGAUAACUUUUCUCCCUCCUACAAUGUUCCUCACUUCAGUCUGAGCCCUUUCCAUGGCUUUGGGGUUCUAGAUAAGGUCUGUCAUUCCCCAGUCAAGAGUAAUAAAGGUAGUGUCUGUUCCUGCAGCGAACGUGUCCUGCAAGGAGUAAGAGCAUUAAAUGGCAGUAGUCUUUUUUUAUUUUUAUGUUUUGGGAACUGCGGAGCAUUGGUGUGAGUGGCCAGUGGGCCACUUCGUGUUGGACUAAUCAGCAAUGGUCCAUGUGCAACCGUUCUCAAUAGCUGUGAAUGGAGUUUCCAAAGCUUACCAAGAUGGUGAGGCUUUAAUAUUAUCCAUGGUUAGGGAUGUUUCUUUAGAGCCAUUGUGCGGGAUGUUGAGCAAUGCGUCAACAAGAUCCUGCUUCUUUUCUUUCGAGGAUUGAGAUGUUCAUUUAUCACCUCAUCAAAAAACAGAUCAAAGCUUUGAAAUGUGUUCAGAAGUCUAGAUUUCAUUCCUGUUGAGCUGUAUAUGAACUCCAUAGAGGGGAAGAAAUCUCCGAUGCUGAAUCCUUCAAGUAAUUCUUGGUAUUCUUCAAUAUUUUUUGGAAUCCAUGCCGUUCAUACUCUAGUCCUUGUGAGAAAUCCCUUCAAAAUGCAACUUAACAGAGAACAUCAUUUGUAUAUAAUCCAGGGGUCUUAGUUAGAUUUGUGCUUCUAGGGUAAGACUCUGCAACUCUUUGAAUCAGAUGGGCAACUUCUUCUUCUCUUACAAAGCCGUAUGCUUGAACUUGUUUGGCACUUAGUAGUUCAAGGAUGCAGAUUUUCCGAAUAUGCCUCCAGUAGGCACCAUAAGGGGAGAAAACAAUGUCAGUGCAAUUGUAGAAGAGAUGCUUGGCUGAAAAGGACUGGGGGACGGCUUAAAAAUGCAAGAGCAUGGGUUAUCAUGAUUUCCUUUCCCAUUCUAGCUGACGAAACUACAAUUAUUGGGACCUUACCUAGCUGUAAGAAAAUGAUUGGACCAAACCUCUUUGCAAGGUGGCUGAGAGAGGAGAGCAAUGCUACCAAGCUGAUGAAGGUUGCAAUGAGUGAUAGCUUUCUAUGGCUCGGUGGAAGAUUGAGCUUUAUUUUUGUUGACUUGUUUUUUGAGCAAAACUUUAAGAUAACAAGGAGGAUGGAUGCCAGUAGCCAGGAGGAAGUUAAGAAGCGCUGCAGCCACUGACGGAGGGCCAUAGCCAUUAAAGUUUUCUCUUACCAAUUGAGUAAAUAGCACAGCCUCUU